AACAAGCGUGCACGUCAGCAUUCAAACUCGCUGACAACUAUAAAAUCUCCGACGACUAGUACAGGAGUCUCCUCCGACUUCAGAUUAAAAAAACAGCCUGCAUCAUUUGCGUCCAAAAGAAUCAAGUAAAUUUUGUGUCUGGCUUUUUCUGGCAUGGAUCUCUUCCGCAUCGCCAAGGUGGUGACCCUGCAUAACCAACGCGCGGGUAAGUACCUGGUGGCCAAAGAUAAGAAGAUGAAGGUGCGUAAAGCCGGAAAGGGAUCCUCCAGGAACGCGCGGUGGAGCGUGGAGUUGGUGCCAAACUCGCAGUCCCUCAUCUCCCUCAAGAGCUGCGACAAUAAUUGCCUCACCGCCUCCAACAAGACCGAUUUGUCCCGCUUCCGAAUGGGCGGUCUCAAGGUGCGCCUGACGAAGCCACAUCAGAGGCUUGACAACGUUAACUCGAUCAAGUGGGAGCCCAUCAGAGAAGGGACCCACUCCAACCAGGUGAUCAAGCUCAAGACCCAGGAAGGGACCUACCUUAGAGCCUGUUCAACACGGCAGAAAUAUGUGAACCAUGAAAGGAACGCCGAUAUUCAAGAUGAGAUUCUCUGGGAGGUUGAGAUCCUUGAGAUCACACUGGAAGCUGCUUCAACUUACUAUAACCUGGCCCCCCCGGCUUUUCAGAAGCUAGCACGUGACUAUUUCGAGUCAAUGGAUGAGGAUAGGGAUGGCAAAGUAAGCAUUGAUGAGUUCGUCAAGUUCUUCAAUCAAUUCGACAGCAGUAUGGACCGCAGCUUUUUCGCUGCAUUGGAUGAGAACGGGGAUGGCAGUUUGGAAUUCCUGGAAGUCUUCAGGUUGCACUACAUGCUAAACCGGCCACAAGCCCGACCAUUUGUGGAAAGUCUUCAGGCAAACGUUCAGCAACCUGGUGCUCAAGAUGAACGUGUAAAGAGACGAGCUAAAACAUUACUAGCGUUUCUGACGGUGGGGAUUCAAAUUGCGGCUUUGGCCGCUGGUUGCGCCUGUUGAACCUAUGGAUAUGUGGCGGCGGGGAUUCAAAUUGGGGCUACGGUCUAUGGUUGCACCAUGUAAUGUGAUCUAUUUCAAGGGAACUGAUGAAGAAGAAGGAAAAGAGUUGCCUUUUCUUAGUUUUCUUAUCUUCUGUUAACAACUCAUGAGGAUAUUUGUUUAUUGCUUGGUUUUCAUGCGACUGUUAAACAAGAAAAUGACAUCUCAAGGUACAAUAGUACCAAACUUAUAGCUUGUGAUCAUCGUGAUCGACUUUCUUGUUGGUAGCUUUUUAUUCGGUGUUGUUCAACUUUUGGGCUCUUAUUUUUCUAUCUCUAUAUAUGUUUUGAUAGUAAGAUUUA